CCGGAUACCUACUGAUGGCGAGUGGGUCAGUACGUCAAAUAAAUACAAGAACAUUUCACGCCACGACUUGGAAAAUCCACAAUCCAAUCUCUGUGCUCGGCACAAAGACGUUCAUUUUCUGCUCUAGCCCAAAUCCUCCUGCCUAUCGAUUGUUGGUCCGGCUCGCGUUACCGUCCGUCCGUUGCCGCAUACACCGCGCUAAAAAACCGCGACCGUAAACUAGCAGUAUUAUUUGCGCGCAUGUACCCCGCUCCAGUACCGCACGCUCAUCUACACCUGACCUCACCUCUGCGGCGCUGGGUUCUGUUAAAGCGACAUAGACUUCGCAUCUCGAAGCCAUGGCUGCUAGCAGUUCAGCCUGUGCGCAGCCCGGGCAGGCUGAAGACAAUCGCGAACGCGUGCGAGCCUAUGAAGUUGCUGCAUAUCUCUCCGCAGCCUCGUUUCCCUUCGAAAUCGCAGACGGGCCGCCACUAAACCCCUUACCUAGCCGUGACCUCACGCUUAACGCUCUCGUCCAGCACGGUGUCCACCGGAUGGACUGCGACCGUGCUUUUCUCUCCCUGAUCGAUAAUCGCAACCAGUUCGUAUGCGCUGAGAUGACCAAGAGCCAGCCACUCGACGGUGGGGACCUAACACAACCUCUUCUUUUAGGUGCUUCUAGGAUUCCUUUAGAAUGGGGAGUCUGUCCUUAUACCAUGUCUGUCUUCCGUGGCAUGCCUGUCGACAUACCAGAAACCCCAUAUAUCGUUGCUGACCCAUCUUUCUUUUGCAUCAAAGACUUCCGCCAAAUUCCCUUGUUCGCACGUCGACCCUACGUCGCUGGAUAUCCGCACAUGAUUUCCUACAUCGAGAUUCCUCUACGCUCACUCUCUGGUCACAUUAUAGGUAGCUACUGCGUCGUGGACGACAAAGCAAGAGACUUUCUACGCCCCGACGCUUUGAAGACUUUGCGUGAAGUCACUUCAGCCAUUGGCUCAUAUUUAAACAUGAAAAGAAUGGAAGGAAGCCGAACACGAUCCGAGAGGAUGAUGGAAGGAUUGCGCCAAUUCAUCGAGGCAAAACAAGAGAUUGCUUCAGGACGUGACACCAUUGAGGCAAUCGGAUAUCGGACAGGUCCUUUUGACCUUGGAAUCUCUAAAAAGACGUUCCCGACAAGCCUUCCCUCGAGCCAGACGAACAUUUUGGACUCCAAUCAAUCGCUGGAAUGCCCGCCCAGUCUCAUCCCUCUUGCUUUGCAAGAUGUUUCAUUGGACACACAUGGCGCUAUGCCCAAUCUAUCCAAUGCGACGUCUCUUGCAAGCCCACAAGGUUCAUCGAAUCACGCAACUGGAGGCCGAUUAGAACCCCAAAGUCCGCAUCAACGAGAUGCGUCGAGGUCGCUCACAUCGGAUCUAGCAACCCGUAUCAACAACUUGUUUGUAGCAGCCGCGAACACGGCCGGCCAUGCUAUGGACCUAGAUGGCUUAGCGUUCUUCGACGCAAUUACUACUGGAGAUCACAGUCCAGGCGAUAGUUACUUGCGGCCAAACGCUGACGAAGAGGAACCCUUGGCGACGCCGCUUGCGGAGUACCGUGGAGACGAUACAACCCGAGUGCAAUCGGCUCAGCAGCCUCGGCAAUCAGUUAUCAGGCGUUUGACCGCUGAAUACCCUCGAGGACAUCUUUUCGUGGUCGAUGAGCAUGGUGUUCUUGAUUGCGAAAGUAACCGAACUGCAAACACCGAUAAACACUCCCGUGAGGACUUAGCUGCCUCUGCACAAUGGGAUAGCCUUCUCAACUGCAUUCCAAAUGCACGAAUUGCAAUAUUCCUACCUUUAUGGCAUUACCAAAGAGAAGUUUGCUUUGCCACAUGCUUGGCCUGGGUCAACGUCACCGCCAAAACCCUGGACACUGGUGAUCUCAAUUCGCUCACGGCAUUUGGGAAUUCUUUGAUGGCAGAAGUGUUUCGCCUGGAAGCUUUGACGAAUACCCAAGCAAAAUCAGACUUUGUAUCUUCUAUAAGCCACGAGUUACGAAGUCCACUCCAUGGAAUACAAGCAACGACCGAGCUCAUACAAGGCAGCAUCAAAGAUCCGGUCCUACUCUCUCUGGCAGACAUGAUUGAGUCAUGCAGCAACACUCUGCUGGAGACUUUUGACCAUCUUUUGGAAUUUUCGAAUAUAAACAGCCGCGCAAGGGAUGCACCCCUUGCCGAGGAAACUACUCCAACGCGUGGUGAAUCUACCAAUGUACACAAAAAGAAGGAAGCAAUAGACAUGAGAGCGCUGGUCGAAGAUGUCGUCGACGCGGGAUCACUACGUCAUCUUUCCGACGUGGGACUGAACCACGGCCUCACGAAGAAGCGACGUGAAGCCACGGGAGGUCGAGAAGAACCCUUUCCGUGUGAUUCUGUAAUGAUCACGACGAACAUUGAGAACAACCAUGACUGGGUCAUAUGUACAGACACAGAGUCUUGGAAACGGAUACUGUUUAACGUUGUCGGCAAUGCUCUCAAAUUCACAACCUCAGGACACAUCGAAGUGGCGUUGAAGAUGCUAGAGCAAACUCAUGCUGAUUCCCCAUGUAUCAGUCUCUCCGUCACCGACACCGGCAUAGGAAUGAGUCCAGAGUUCCUCAAGUAUCAUCUCUUUGCGCCAUUCAUGCAGGAGAACAAUCUAUCCUCUGGAACCGGACUGGGCUUAAGCAUAGUCAAGAGUAUUGUUGACUCACUCAGUGGUAGAAUCUACGUCGAAAGUCGCCUGCAUCAAGGUACUCGGAUCACGGUCAAUGUUCCCUUCGAACGAGAGUCCGAUUCUUUGAGUCGGUUGCACGUAGGCAGAACCCUCGCACAGCAGGAUCGGUUGCAGGGGCUAUCGCUAGGGUUGCUUAGUAUAGCCCUACCCUAUUCACCAGUUACCGAGCCCAUCCUACGCAUCGUGUCUCCGCCUAUGGUAUUACUGCGAUCCAUCCGUAACAUCUGCGAGGGCCGGAUUGGUAUGACAGUGACGGACGUUUCAGAAAACGUGUCGCCGAACGUUGAGGUUCUCGUCAUUGAUGCGCAUGCACUGCUCUCGGCUGACAGACUCGACUACGAAAUCAAUCCCUCUAACUUUGCCCCAGAGGCUACUCCACGUGCGAUAGUGUUCCUGGGGGUCCCCGUGAAAGCCAUCGCGAGAAGGUUCGGCAAAGGACACGCCGUUUGUGUGAAUCCACCGAUAACUGGACAAAAGGUCCUCGCUGGGCUUCUCUCGGCUCUGAACGAGGCUACUCCCCGAGGGCCAAAGUCUGCAAUCUCCUCUUCGAUCCCAGUCGAAGAAAUGACAUCUCCUGGACUCGACCAGGUGUAUAUCGAAGACCUGCUAGGAGGGAACAGAUAUGCCAUGCCCCAACUCAAAGAAACAAAUCGGUCUUGGAGUGGUGAGUUGGACCAAAAUACCUUAGGUGUCACUGCCACCACACCCCAGCAGCCAGGAUCGCCAAAGAUGACAACUCACCAAACGGAGAGCACACGUCAAGCCACUUCAGACUCGGCCACCUCUUGUCGUUUCAAACGCCUUUUACUGGUCGACGAUAAUCCCAUCAACCUAAAGGUCCUGGCUGCAUUUGCCACACGGUUGGGCCUGACAUUUUCCACUGCAGCGGACGGUGCCGAAGCAGUGCGCCUUUACCGCACAGCAGUACUCGAGGACGCAGAUCCUUACGACUGCAUAUUCAUGGACAUCAGUAUGCCAAUCAUGAAUGGGUUCCAAGCAGUGAGGGCUAUUCGUGAUUUCGAAAUACAGCAGGGAAAUCUGUACAGCCAUGAACCUGGUCCUGAAAGAAGCAAGGGCACAUCACCCUUUCGCGCCUAUGUUUUCGCGCUGACUGGACUUGGCAGCGAUGCUUCCCGUAAUUCGGCGAGAGCAGCCGGCUUUGAUAAGUUUCUUUUGAAGCCCGUGAAGUUUAGGGAUGUAGUCCCUUUGCUGAGUGCGAUCCCGGCGGGGUAA